AUGAAUUCUACGCAAUCAUUGCAAACCAGACUCGAUAUAGUCCAGCUUGUGGAAACUUAUCAUCAGCUGAGCAUCAUAUUGGGAAUCCUUUUAGCUCUUCUAUCCGUAAUAACCACUUUUGGAAAUGGUCUUCUUUUACUUGCGAUCUGGAGAGACCCCUUUAAAUCAUUUCGAACACCAACUACCUUUUUUAUCAUUGGUUUAGCAGCGGCCGAUUUUCUUACAGGACUGACAGCGUGUCCGAUGUACGCUUGGUAUUUCAUCUCUUCGUCCUUAGCUUACAAAAACCGUGAUUUCUUCUAUAUUUCAAAUCUUAAAAAGAUCGCUCAAAUCGGUCAGCAUAUCUCUAUGGUGACAAUGAACAGUUCUUUCAUCAUUUUGCUUCUUUUCACAUGGAGUCAAUUCACUGCUAUCAGCUUUCCGCACAAGCACCGAGCGUUUUUGACCAAGAAAAGAGUUCAAACAAGUGUGAUCUUAACAUGGGCAUAUUCUGGGAUGUUUUCGUUAUUCAGCAAGAUUAAUGCAUGGCAUAGAACGUUUUUAAAAAUCGAUCUCUAUUUCAACACUUCAGGCAGCCUCAUCCUUCUAACCGUUGCCUAUUUUUGCCUGUUCAGAGCAUUUAGGCAACAAAUGAGGCGUUUGCAUUCAUGGAGACCCACCAAUUCAACGCAUGGACAACAACGACGGGGUAGAGCCAGCCGAGAAAGACAAUUCAUUGUGGUCAAUCUGUUACUACUGACUUUCAUCAUCGCUUGCACCAUGCCAGUCACAGUUAUUUCCUAUUUGGCUCAACACUGGGUUAUAAAAACCCCAUCCGUUCAAAUGGUAAAAUUAAGAAUUGCAAUUUUAUUUGCCAAUGCUAUUCUCUUUCUUAAGUUUGCGAUCGAUCCGCUGGUUUACGCGUGGCGGCUAUCGCAAUAUCGAAGAGCGCUGAAAUCCAUUCUUUUCUGUAGUCGACAGAGAACAGAAGUGGAUGAAUUUCUAUCAUAUUCCAUUAACAAUCGAACUGCAAUUUCCAUCCGGAGACUGGAGUUAAACAAGGAAGAAACAAAUGCAAGAAACGGAAAUUGGCCGGCAUAA